ACUCUGCUAUUGUAAAUAGCUACCUGGGAAUCCUGAACAUACUCAAAGUCUCUGCAAGGCAUCAAGUUGUGGAAAGAAUGGGUUGUCUGAAGAAAUUUUCUUGUUUUUUUUUAAUGCCAUUCGGCCCCACUAAACCCACUAGGUCUCAAGCACCCUGUAACCGGAUCCGAUGGACAUUUAAUCAAAGGCAAAUUCCACGAAGUUCAGUUGAACUGAGAGAAACGCGGACAGUACAGGAUCGCAGCCUUGGACGAAGCUUUAAUCCGAUUUGAGCUGCCGCCAGCAAUGAGUGACGCGUUUCCUCAGUCCUCGCCUCACUUACGACGGACCGGUGCUCCCUGCUAACGAAGCAAACGCCGGGAUCGCGUUAGAGCUGCAGGUGUUUUUCUCCGCCGAGAUCGUUCCGGGAAUCCCCACGCCGCCCUCGCCUCCUUAGGACCCACGUAGUCCGAUCUCCUCUCCCUGGGCGGCGUUUUCCCUCGUGAUCCCGCGAAAGUGGCAGCCGAGCAGCAGGAGGUGUCUCUGCCUCCUCCGCCUCCUCCCCUUUGCUUUCUUUUCGGUGCCCUCCGAGCUAAUCGGAGCACAAAGGGGCACAGGAGGGGCCGAGGCAGGCCGUCCCUCUCGGAUCGCUAAUCCCGCGGACGGCGUAAACAAAUCCAGCAAAGGGGGCGCGAAGAUGGCGAGGAGGACCCGGGUGGCGGCAGCUCUCUUGGCUUCGCGAACGGCGCCAGGCGCAGCGUUGGCAAGGGUCGUCUUGGCGCUCUGGUCCUGCUGCCACCCCGCGGGCUCCCUCUCGGCUUCUUCCCUGGACGCCGGGGAGAGGGCGCUUAGUCUCCACCCGCCUUACUUCAACCUGGCGGAGACAACCCGCAUUUGGGCAACUGCCACCUGCGGGCAGGAUGAGAGCGGGAGGCCCCGCCUAGAGCUCUUCUGCAAACUGGUGGGGGGACCCGCUGCUUCCCCCGCCGGGCAAACCAUCCAGGGCCAGUUUUGUGACUAUUGCAAUGCUGCUGAUCCUAAUAAGGCUCAUCCAAUAGAUUAUGCUAUAGAUGGAACAGAACGUUGGUGGCAAAGUCCUUCUCUCUCCUUAGGUUUGAAGUAUGAUGAAGUGAAUGUUACUUUGGAUCUAGGACAGUUGUUCCAUGUGGCCUAUGUCCUCAUCAAAUUUGCAAAUUCUCCUCGUCCAGAUUUGUGGGUAUUAGAGAAAUCAAUAGACUUCGGAAGAACAUAUACACCAUGGCAAUAUUUUGCCUAUUCUAAAGCAGGCUGCUGGGAACGUUUCAGAAAGGAAGCUAACAGUCCUCUCAGGAAAGAUAAUGAUGUCAUUUGCACAACAGAAUAUUCUCGGAUAGUGCCUUUAGAAAAUGGAGAGAUUGUGAUAUCCUUGGUAAAUGGCCGUCCAGGAGCAAAUGAUUUCAGCCAUUCUUCCAUACUUAGAGAUUUUACUAAAGCCACAAAUAUUCGUUUACAUUUCCUCAGAACCAACACUCUUCUUGGACACUUGAUCUCUAAAGCUCAGCGGGAUCCAACUGUGACACGCAGAUACUACUACAGUAUAAAAGACAUCAGCAUUGGUGGACAAUGUGUUUGUCAUGGACAUGCUGAUGUAUGUGCUGCAAAAACUGACCCAGAUUCCUACAGGUACCAAUGUGAAUGUCAACACAAUACUUGUGGGGAAACCUGUAAUCGUUGCUGUCCAGGGUAUAAUCAGAAAAGUUGGCAACCUGCAACAGCCAGCAGCCCAAAUCUCUGUGAACCCUGCAACUGUCAUGGCCAUGCCUUUGACUGCUAUUAUGACCAUGAGGUUGAACGACGCAAAGAAAGCUUAAAUCUUAAUGGACAGUAUCAAGGGGGAGGAGUCUGCAUUGACUGUCAGCACAACACAGCUGGUAUAAAUUGUGAGAAAUGUUUAAAGGGAUACUAUCGGCCAUAUGGUGUUCCAGUCACAGCAGUGCAUGGAUGCAUACCCUGCAGGUGUACCUCUGAACAUACCAAUGGCUGUGAAGAAGGAUCAGGUCGCUGUUAUUGUAAGCUGAACUAUCAGGGUAAAGCCUGUGAUCGGUGUGCUGAUGGAUACCAUAGUUUUCCCUCCUGUUACCGAAUUCCUAUCUCCCCAGCUACAACUCAGAACCCAGCAGUCACUUCACCUGGUCAUGUGGAUGGCAGUCGUUGCAGACCAGAAUAUUUUGGAACACAUUGUCAGCCUUGUCAAUGUUCGGUUUAUGGCUCCUACCAAGACACAUGUCAUCAGACCACAGGCCAAUGUGAUUGUCGACCUGGUUUCAUAGGCCAGCAGUGUGACAGAUGUAUCUCAACAAGUAGUACUUUUCCUCAUUGCCAAGGGAUCAUCGAUGAAUGUGAUCCUGCUGGAACCAGAGAUUCUUAUUCUGAUGCAAAUGUGAUGUGGGAGGCUCUGUAAGUCAUGUCUGCAAUGACCUGACAGGGGACUGCCAGUGCAGAAGGCACAUAAUUGGGAAAACUUGUAUGGAGGCUGAAAAGAAUUAUUACCUACCUGAUUUACAUCACAUGAAGUUUGAAAUUGAGGAUGGUACGUCUCCUAAUGGAAGAGAAGUCCGGUUUGGUUAUAAUCCUCAAGAAUUUCCUGGUUUCAGUUGGAGAGGUUAUGUGCCGAUGUCUUCAAUACAGAAUGAAGUCAGGAUAACUUUGAGUGUGAAGAAACCAAAACCCUAUUUAUUUCAUGUUAUCUUGAGGUAUAUAAAUCCUGGUACUGCAAUAGUAUCUGGCCACAUAACAGCUUAUCAGUCUCGGACCCUAAAAGGGACUCAUCAGAGCAAAGAGAUCUUCUUCCCACUCAGUAGAGAGCCAACUUUUGUAACUGUUCCAGGGAAAGGUUUUGCAGAUUCAUUUUUAUUGGGACCUGGAACUUGGAUAUUUAAAAUCAGGGUAGAGGGCGUCCUUCUGGAUUACCUCGUCCUCUUACCUCGUGACUACUAUGAAGCAUCCAUCUUGCAAUUUCCUGUUGUACAGCCUUGCACAUAUUCAGGAUAUGUCACAACAGAUAAUUGUUUGCAGUAUGAAAACUUGCCAGUGAACAAAUAUCGCUGUGUUUUUGGUACAGAGGUAACAUUUUUCUUGCAUGGGGGAGAAUACCAAAAAACAACUUUCCAACAGCCAACAAUCAAACAUCCAGUGAUGUCUCAUAUUAGUGGUCAGGAGGUGAAUCUACAGAUCAAAUUGAAGGUUCCCCAAGUUGGCCGCUAUGUAAUCAUCUUUGAGUAUGUCACGGAUCAUGAUCUAAUGUAUGUUGGUAAUAUAAAGACUGAGAGCAUUGGACAAGAGAUGGAGGCUAAAAUUAAUAUAUACAGCUGCAAAUAUAGGUGAGAAAAGUGUAAUAAGUUUAUGUUUUGGGCUUUUGUCAUCUAAAUAUACCUGUCUUUUCUUCCUUCUUUUCUAGGGUUCUUAAUUUCCAAUGCAUUCCUUUUCUUUAUCUCCUUUAUUUUACCUGAUAAAAAUAGUACUCUAAAUAAUAUGUAUAUUUUUCAGGCUCAAUUCUUUGCCUCUGCUUUCAAGGAAACAGUUGUAGUUUCUUUCUCAUGCAAUUAGACACAUAAUGUUAAUUAAGAGGAUUUUUUUCCUUGCAUAAUUGAAAUGUGGAUGAUAUGUAAAAACUUAAAAUCAUUCCUGUUACACUGAAAAGAAUAUAGAAAUAGUUUUAAAAUAUUAAAUAUCCUCAGCAAAUUUAAGCUAAAAAAGGGCAGAAGAUGUUUCAGAUUCUACUUCUUGAUAUUAAUAUUAUUAUGUUUGCAUCCUGCCUAGGGGGAUGAAUUCCAGAGGAAUGAAAGGCAUUUUGAUUGCUAUCUCUAUUGUUGAACUAUAGCAAUAAUGUAAGCGUUUCUUUGUAUGAUCACUCAUGAAGACUGGGAAAUGAAACCAGCAGUGGAAUUAUGGGCAGCUGUAUGAAAGCAUAAAUUGGGGUUUUUUUAAAUCCUAUAUUCCUAGACUAAAUACAUACUUCAGCACAUCUUUUUCAUUAGGUUUUGAACAC